CUGGAUAACCAAACCGGAAGUUGACGAAAAAUGAGGCUCGACAUGGCGGCCGGUGAUUAUUUUAACAUUGGCAGCAAAGUUUCUCUAACAACCUGCCAUAAUACCGAAGUAAAUGGUGAAGUAAUUGCAUUCGACAUAGCCUCAAGAGUUCUUGCACUUAAAGUACCAGCUGCCAGUGGUAAACACAAUUUAUUUGAUGUCCGAUUAAUAAAUCUACAGUUAGUCAGUAAUAUACAAGUUACACAAGAAGCUCCUGAUGUCGAACCGCCUCAAUUAACAACACUUAAUAUGGCCAGAAUCAACAGUAGAAUGCGACAGACUAGAGAACAAAAAAGACGACAGCUGGAAUAUGUUGGUGAAAAUGUCAGUCCAGAGGGACAAAAUCUAUUUUAUGCUAUAGUUAAAACUAUUAAUGAAGUAAAAUGGGAUCAACAGACAAUUGUAGUAAUGGAUGAAGUAUCUAUAGAACCGCCAUAUAGAUUAGAGGAUUGUAAAGGCAAAGGCCAAAUGUUAGAUCACGUCAAGAAAAUAGUGAGGAAACAUCUAAGUGACGGUGAAUGUAGGAAAUCUGCUUCACCCACACCCGCCCUGUCAUCUUCUCCUGCCUCUUUGACGUGAUGUGCCACAUAUAGAGUGAUUGAAGUUUGUUGUGAUGCUCCAUAUGAAAAUUAUCAUCAGUCAUGUGUGUGAAGUCUUCAUUAUACCAUUGAACCUAAUUAAAGAUACCAAUUAAAGCCAAACUUUUGAUACUUUUGUUGAUAAAUGCCUAACUGUAAACACUUAAUAAGAGGAUACAUUUUGUUCAGAGAUGCUUAACCUGUCUUGUGAGAAUUACCCAACUACACGGUUAGACCUUCCAGACAAUCUUAAUAUCUAAUAUUUUGUACUUUUAUUUUAUGUGAGGAAAAAACAAAUAAGUUGAGGUGAAUGACACAUAGUAUAUAUUUAAAUUAUUGUCUUAUUGUUGAGUUUGUAAGGGCAUUUCAUUUGGACAAAAUGUAUUAAAAUAUAUCCCAAAAUGAAAGUUAUCUAUAGCAAACACAAAUAAUAUUUGUGAAUUUAAUGUUUUAUUAGAAUGAGAAAUUAUUAGAACCUGAUACAGCAGGUUUGUGAGGUUCUUUGUGUGGAUGCUGAAUUGCGUGUUCUGUGCUUUAUUAUUCACAGAAAAAUUAAUUCCAGAAAAUUCAAUGUAGUAUCCCCAUUCAUUUUAAUUUCACAGCAUUUAUAGGUCUUUGGACAGCUUGAUCAAUUCAGAAUUAAAGCUAUUUGCCUCGUAGCAGUGAAGCCCUGUGUCAAUUUCACAUGCACCGAAAAUGAGAUGGCUGAAAUCGAUGUAAAAUUUAUGGAAGCUGUAUUUGAAAAAAGACUACCUCAGCCAUAAAAAUACUGUAUUCAAAAUCAGUAUAAAUGUGAGCUCUCAAAAUUAAUUGUGUUGGAAGUUUUUACGUAUUUAGACAUGUGUACUUGUAAAAUCAUUUCAGAAACUUGCUUUUAAUAUAUCAUCAUCAAAAAGUUUCUGAAAUCUGCUAAAAUAGUUUUGAAAGUAAAUUAAGGCUCUUACUUUUAUGAAAAAUGAGGAUAGGUUAUUUUCUUUGUGUUGAAAUUUAGCAGAUAAGAAAUAUCUCGACCAGGAUACAUUUGGUUAAAACUGAGAGAAAAAAUACUGAUUUCAAGCAAAAUCGUAAUUUUUCUAUUUAUUGGAAAUGUAUGAAGAGAACAUAUGUCCUCUCAAGUUAGUUUGACAAAAAAACAGACCUCAAAGAUUUGAUAAAGGCUGAAUUAUUAGUGAAAACACAGAAUAAAAAAAAUAAAAAUAAAAUAAUGCUGGCUUUAUGGAUAUUCUGGUCCUUUAGCAUGACUGUUUAUAUCCCAUUUCUCAGCAUUAUUUUCAUAUAUAAAAGUCACAUGGUUUCUUCCUGUGUUUAAUUUGGACUGACAAAAGCACAAAAGGUGUUCAAAAAGUAUCAAAUUUUGCUGAUUACAGUGGAGAAAAGUUUUUAAAAAAGUAUUCAAAAAUCCCUCUCCUCAGAACCUUUUCAUACUUUUUAAAUCAUAUAUUUUAUUCAAAUCUAACAGAAAACCUCGGACAAAUGUCCAGUAAGUGUGAAAUUCCCAAACCUCUCUCAUCAGACUUUUUCAUACUUUGAGGUUUGACAUUUCUUUGAGUUUUUCAACUGUUUUAUUUGAUCCUUAUAUAAUGAAUUUAUAGAAGAAUAACUGAGUAUUUAUUUAAAUCUUGUUAACAUGAAUUUUUAUCACCACAUUGUAUAUCACAUGUAUUUAACUGUAUCUGAAGAGUAAGAACAAGAUUAUGUGUGAAAGUGUAAUAAAAAUAAAUCAUCUCUUAAUCUAACAA